AUGGCUGUCCCUCUCACAACAGACUUUGAAAGCAUCGCUAAGACCUUUGUUGAUUACUACUACCCCACCUUUGACAACAACCGGUCACAGUUGGCGGGCCUCUAUCGCGAUGAGUCGAUGCUCACCUUCGAGCGGGCCAAUGUCCAGGGUGCCGCUGCCAUCAUGGAGAAGUUCUCGACCCUAGGCUUCAACCAGGUCCGCCACGAGGUUGCGACCGUUGAUUCCCAGCCCACUGCCGCUGGUGGUGUCCUUGUGAUCGCUGUCGGUGCUCUUAUUACCGACGGCGAGGACCGACCCCAGAACUUUGUCCAGACAUUCAACCUUGUGCCCGAAGGCAACGGUGGAUUCUGGGUCUCCAACGACGUCUUCCGUCUGAUCUUCCCUGCCGUCUAA